AUGGCCUCCACUACUCCUCCCUCUCCCACUCGCACUACAAGCACCUCCUCCCCAACAAUGCGUAAACCAAAACGCUCCCUUUCCCUCUCCCUGCUCCUCUUCCUCUUCUCAUUCCUCGCCCUUUCCUUCCUCCUUUUCAUCCUCUGCUUCGACCUCCGCAUCCUCUGCUUCUUCCCCAACUCCUCCAUUCCCAUUCCCCCUCCUCCUCCUCCACCCCCUCUCCUCAACCCCAAACCCCCCCAAAGCUCCCACCUUUACCCACGCCCCGCACAUGGGCUUCGCGCCCGCCCCAAAUCCCCGCGCCAAACCCUCCUCCUCAAAUCCCUCCGCCCCAACCCCCGCUCGCGCCGAUUCCCCACCAGGGCCACCGAGUUCCUUCGCGGGUCCUCCCCGAAUCCCCGCUUCUUCAUGACCUGGCUCUCCCCCGCCGACGAAUUCGGGCCCAGGGAGCGAUUCGCGGUGCAGGCCCUCUUCCGAUCGCAUAAAAACGCCACCUUGCUCAUCGCCUCCGACAGCUUGGACUCCCCGCGCGGCGCCCGCCUGCUCGGGCCCUUCGUCGCCGCGGGGCUCCGCGUCGCCGCGAUGUGCCCCAGCUUCCCCUUCCUCCUCGCCGGCACCCCCGCCGCGCCCUGGUUCGACCGCCUCCGCCGGGGCUCCGUCGACCCCGGCGACGUCCCCCUCGCCCAGAACCUCUCCAACCUCCUCCGCCUCCUCCUCCUCUACAAAUUCGGCGGCGUCUACGUCGACGCCGACGUGCUCGUCCUCCGGAGCUUCGCGCGCCUCCGGAACGCCAUCGGGGCCCAAACCCUAGACCCCGCGACGGGGUCUUGGAGCCGCCUCAACAACGCCGUCAUGGUGUUCGACAAAAUGCACCCCCUCCUCUACGAAUUCCUCAAGGAGUUCGCGGAGACCUUCGAUGGGCGCAAAUGGGGCCACAAUGGCCCGUAUCUCGUGUCGAGGGUGGUGACUAGGGUUUUGGCGGAACGGAGCCGGGGUUUGGGUUCGGGUUUUGGACUUAGUAUACUACCACCCUCGGCGUUUUAUCCUGUGGAUUGGAGUAGGGUUAGUGGGUUUUUUAAGGGGCCCCAAAAUGGGGCCCAUUUGAAGUGGGUGGUGAACAAGCUUAGUUGGAUUAGGAGAGAGAGCUUUGCAGUUCAUCUUUGGAAUAGGGAGAGCAGAGGGAUUAGGGUUGAGGAAGGGAGUAUUAUUGGGAGGAUAAUUUCGGAUUUUUGCUUAUUUUGCAAUUUUUCGGUAUCCGAUUUGUAGAGUUGUAAGAUGGAUUCAGAUUAGGUUAGAGCGUGUUUGGUAUUUCUGAAGUACACUCAGAUGAACCCGUGGAGUUUCAGCCGUACGCGAACUCGCCAUCUUGUGAUAGGAAAACUCCCAAGGGGGCCCACAUCAGAUCUAAAUAUUCGUGUUUAUUACUUCGUCGCACUGACGACUUUAAUUCCUCACCUCGAACAUAACAAACGUAUGCUUAGUGGAUUCUGAAAGAUUCUAAUGAAGAGAAACAUUUCUCAAUAGUUAGUAGAGAAAAAAGAAAGAAAUUAGUUUACUGUUUAGUGCCAGUUUUCUAUUUUCAUUUUUUUCCCCCAAACUAUUUGGCAACUUAGUUUAUCUCCAAUUUGUCUGAAAAGCCUAUCCAGCUUGCAUCUCUAUACUGAUCAAACCAAAUUAUUGGUUUCAAACUGUUGCAUGAGUAAC